GGCGCUGAAAGCGUUAACAGGGCUGGGUAAGGCGAUCCCUGAAAUGAGUAAGACCCAGAGUUGUUCAAGUUUUCAAAGCGGCCAGCGGGGGCGGCAGCUCUUGGGGAAAAGGAAGCGCGUUGGACGGAGCCCGGACGGCCCAGCAGAGGAUCGUGCUCAGCUGAACUCAGCCAGGGUUACAAGCUCAAGGCAGGGAUUCUGACGCUCUCAAGAGACCGGCUCUGCCCCCUCGGCUCAGCUGACCCUACAAUGUGGACUCUGCCUCUCCAGGUCAGGACUGGCGUUUUAAAAUAAAAUGGAUGAUCUGACGUUGCUUGAUCUUCUGGAGUGCCCCGUGUGCUUUGAAAAGCUCGAUGUCACAGCCAAAGUCCUCCCUUGCCAGCACACCUUCUGCAAACCAUGUCUCCAGAGGAUUUUCAAGGCCCACAAGGAGCUGAGGUGCCCCGAAUGCAGGACCCCGGUGUUUUGCAGCAUCGAGGCCCUUCCGGCCAACCUGCUGCUUGUGCGUCUUCUGGAUGGUGUGCGCGCGGGGCGGGGCUCGGGGAGAGGGGGCUCCUUCCGCAGGCCUGGCGUGCUGACCUCGCAGGACAGCAGGAAAAGCCGGGCUGACCCCAGAGGUCUGCAGUCCAGCCCUUUCCGCCUGGUGCCUAAUGUCAGGAUCCACAUGGAUGGGGUGCCUCGAGCAAAGGCCUUAUGCAACUACCGAGGGCAGAGUCCCGGUGACCUGAGGUUUAAUAAGGGAGAUGUCAUCCUCCUCCGGAGACAGCUUGAUGAGAACUGGUACCAGGGGGAGAUCAAUGGAGUCAGCGGGGUCUUCCCCGCCAGCUCCGUGGAAGUCAUCCAGCAGCUGCCCCAGCCACCCCCACUCUGCCGGGCCCUGUACAACUUCGACCUACGAGACAAGGACAAGAGUGAGAACCAGGACUGCCUGACCUUCCUCAAGGAUGACGUCAUCACUGUGAUCAGCCGCGUGGAUGAGAACUGGGCAGAAGGAAAGUUAGGAGACAAAGUAGGCAUCUUCCCAAUCUUGUUUGUAGAGCCAAACCUCACCGCAAGACACCUCCUGGAGAAGAACAAAGGCCGUCAGUCAGCUGGCACAAAAAGCCUGUCCCUGGUGUCUUCAUCAUCCAGAGGCAAAGCAAUUAACACACCCACCCUCCGAAGGGGCCCUGGGUCCAGGAGGAAGGGACCCGGGCAGUUCUCCAUCACGACAGCCUUGAACACUCUCAACAGGAUGGUCCAUUCUCCUUCAGGGCGCCAUAUGGUGGAGAUCAGCACCCCAGUGCUUAUCAGCUCCAGCAACCCCUCUGUGAUCACCCAGCACACGGAGAAAGCAGAUGUUCUUCCCAGCUCUGUGGGGCAGGUAGGGAACAAACCCCUGGGAUGAGGGCACCUUGGAGUUGGGCAAGUGAUCCAUACCAUGUCACAAGCACUAUUGGAUGUU